CUUUUUCACACGGAACAGAAUACGAAGUGCAGCAUCAGAAGAUCCCGAUUGUCGACUUCCUCCUUGUCGCUCGACUUUCCUUGUUCGCUGUCGCCGUGUCGUGAUCUUCUUGGUAACAAGGUCAAAGACAGGAUGUUGGUCCCGAUGAAUUUCUUGUCUCUUGUUCGCGUCGUUGUGUCUCUCGCCUGUUUCUCCGUGUCCUGGUACAGCAAUCCUACUAGCAAUCCCGAUUUGCUUUUCGCUGCUGCAAAAGCUGCGCACCUGUACCGAGUCCGCCGUAACUUUGCCCGCAACCUGAUCCCGAAGCAGCGGCGUUUGCAGAAAUUUCUGGACGACAGGCUCCCGCGCGGCCCACCCGUCGCAGAGAGCGAGACCGGACUCGAGGGCGCAAACCUAAGCAACGCUGACCAACAAGGCAGCGGAAGUGGAUCAUCCAAAAGUAAGUACUAUGCAGGAAACAAGGAUCAUGCACAAGCAGACUACCGUCCCCUGCUGUUUCUGUCUGGCAGUUGUGGUGUUGCAAGCAUGGCAACGAACUACGUGCGAUCAAAGGACCGUCAGUCAACAGCAUGCUUCUCAUCUCGCCCAGUAGCAAUACCAGCACCACGUGCCUCGGAUCUUACGUAUUCCAACAGUUAUGUUGCAAAUGCGGGAAGAGGGAACAGCGGCAGUUCGCUUCCCAUCGCGCCGCCAUUUUUGAAAACGCAGGCGCUUUUCCCGACGAAAAAUUUUCUGGAGCCGCCGCCAAAAAUGUACCAGGACAUAGUCGACAAAGCCGAGAUGACAAGGGAAAGCAGCCACCUCGUGCUGCCCCUCGAACUUGAUCUGGCACCAGAAACAAGCAAAAAUGUCGCUAUGCCGUCUGCGUCUCCUUUCUUUCCUGAUCCUGAAAGCAACAAGGGCGGCGCAUCAACAGCUGGUAGUGAGACAAGUCCAUCGUUCGCAAACGAGUUGAUCUCUCACAUGUUCCUUCCCAGAACGGCCCGGUGGUUGCAGCCAGGGGAAGUGGCUUCAGAUAAACCUUACCGCUGCUUGCAUCCUGGGUUAGUUGCAUAUCUCCCCGGAAGUCCGAAAAACAAAAAACCAGUGUCCUGCAGUACAACUGCGGUGGGGAAAGUAAGAGAAACUGGCGCACAGGCAGCUUCCGCAUCGUCUCCGGGUGCAGAAGCUGUAUCCCGCCCUCUUGGGCCGCACCAAUUCAAUGAUAAGUUGGCCCGCCUAAUGGAUCACUUAAUGAACGACGACGAGCUACCUAUGGACAAAGUCAUCGACCGCGUCAUCCGUGCAGAACAAAAGCGGCUGGCUACUGUUGUCAACAGUAUGCUGAAAGACGCAAACCGGCUGAGAACUACGGCUGGCGGUCAAACAAAUUCAGCUCAAGGGGCGUUGUCCACCUCCGCCUCGGGACCAGCGGAGCAAGCACAAGCAGGGGAGUACGAGUUGAGAGACCGAGCAACGGCCUUCUUCACAGCGAAACGAUCUGGUCCUGCAGGCCGUGGUGGCAUGUACACACUCGCAUCGAAGGAAGAAAAGGAAGCGAACACUGAAAUGGGAUCGGUAUACAUCUUCAACGCACCAGUUGUACUCAUCAUCUUUUUAUUUUCGAGCAGAACCAGUACCAGAUAGUGCUAGUAUGUUCAACAUCUGGAUAGUGCUAGUAUCUUCUGGAUAGAGGGGUACUGGGCUUCCAAAGCUGAGUCGCACAUGAAAAUUUCUUGGAAAUGCCAUUUUGUGUGAAGAAUGAGGAAAAUGUGCAGGUGCACUUGGGCGUGGUUGUUCUUCAUUUUACUAGACAAAUUAUCAACAUAGUCAACAUAGCUCUUUUUCUUCUUCAAGGUCGAAUUCGAGAGCCGCUUCGACCCGGUGAUCGGAUACCAAACCUAUGCGCCGACGUCCCCCAUCAAAGCUGUGCGGCUAACGCACAAUGCCCUGGGGCAGCUCACCAGUAUCUGGCAGGAAAGCGACACCGAAAUCGCGGCGAGGUUUUUACUGUCCCCCUGGGGGGAGAUGCAGACGUUGAAGCACGGUGAUUACGUCGUCGUGUCAACGCAGACGAACGCCGCGUUCGCGAUGUCGCCGGAAGAGUUCUCCAAAAUCUACCGCUUGACGCUGCCCACGACGUCGCAGCGGAAAGGGUCGUUCUGAGCACGAAUUGCAGCAGCGAGGUGGACCGAUUAAGCUUGACCGACGAUCGGGAUCGAUAACUAGGCCUCAUAAAAAAUUUUCCGCUCAAGACCGUUUUGAGUUUGCUCUAAAAAUGAUCUUGGAUAUCCCUGAUGUACAAUUUCGUGCCAUUAUUUUUUCACUCUCCCCCACAUGGGCGAACCGGAAGAGUGUAAUUUUGUUUUUUCGCGGCACUGCAGCUACGGUUCCCCAACCGUAAGCGUAAGUAUCGCAAUGUUAUGUAUCAUGGCUGCAGUGCAUGAUUGAUUUGAAAUUCAAAUUUUCUUCUUUCUGUCUAAAACGCACCAGAUGAAUUAACAAAUGCAGUAUAUCGUGAUCCUGGCUUAUUCUGGAAAUUCUAUGAGUUUUGACUGCCGAAUGUCAACCUCCAAGACCAGGUAAAGCAACAAUUUGGGUACGACCAAACGAACAAUUUUGUCUUUGCAUGUACCUUCAAGUGCACUCGCAUUGCAGAUCUGUGCGUUUCGCUCGACCUCGACCGAAAAAUGCAGCUACGACAAUGAUUACUUCUUUCUACUUGGGUUGAUCUUGAUAAAAAGGUAAAAGGAUUUCGCGCUUCGUGAUGCGGGGUGAUUGUGGACCACGGGGGAAGCACGGAGCU